AUGUCACCAUUGUUCUGGUAUCUUUUUCUUUAUUCUGUGGUAGCGCUUGAUAUAUCCAACGAUGAUGAUCUGGUAACAUACAUCACUCUCCCUCAGCACCGGGUCCUAAAAUGGAAUGUCACCUACUAUGAUCAGCCUGACUCGGAAGUAGCCCCAGGCUAUUGGUUCGUUGCACCCUACUAUCUAAAUCAGGCCCGUCCACUCAAUCCCCCAGGAUCAUCUAUCGACAACCACAAAUUCUACCUAAAAGAACCACUCACCGCCCUCCUCGUCACUCAUAAAGACGAAGACAUGACUCUAACCCAUUUUGGCUACCCAGAGCGGCUAGACCGUAUCCGAACAAACGGAUUCAUCGAGCUCGAUAUCAACACAAGCAAAUACCUCUUCGAAUGGUUCUCCGGCGACCACAUAACCCUUGACGAAUCGUUUACCCUAAACCCAAAUGACCCAUUUCCAGACGUAGAUUAUCUGCACAUGAACUCAGUCGACAAAAGUGCAAACGGAAACUAUCUCAUCUCGGCCCGCCAUACAAACGCGAUCUACCUAGUCUCCAGGGAAGACGGACAAAUAAUCUGGCGACUAGGCGGUACAAAGAACGACUUUGAAAUGGAUUUUCAAUUCACAGGCCAACACAGCGCACGCUUCGUAUCCCAGAACAGCACACACAUAAUCAUCUCAUUCCUCGACAACGGCGCCAACCUCCCCAGCAAUGUACAUAGAGCUAGACCUGCUCGCUAUGAAAGUCAGAGUUCUGAAUCGACACUGCCGAAUACAAACGUGCUGGUCUCGUGGAGCUACUACGGGUACAUGAGCGAGUUCAUACAUGACGGUCAGCUCCUCAUGGAGGCCAGCUUCGCCAGCGAACGAUUUAGUACCUACCGAGCUUAUAAGUUUCCCUGGCAUAGCCGGCCAGCACAUCCACCGACGCUUGUUUCGUCAUGUUACGGUGUGAAUGGGUCAUUUUUGUCGACUGUAUUCCAUGUUAGCUGGAAUCGGGCCACGGAUGUGCAGUGGUGGCGAUUCUUUGCACGGGCGAAUGCAACCGCAAUAGACAGAGAGAUUGGGGAGGUUGCAAAGAAUGGGUUCGAGAGUUCGUUUAUCGUCCGUGGGUUUAUGGAUUGGGUCUCCGUUCAAGCGUUGGACUCGGAGGGUAGAAUUCUUGGAGUUUCGGAGUUGUUGAGGACUGAGCCCCCUGAGUAUUGGCCUGAGUCGGUUAGUGGGUUAGUCCCGGAUGAUCCUGAUGCUUUCUUCGGCGAAGAACCAGCCAAAUUGCCACUUGUAUUUGGGGCGUUUACUUGGCUAUUUAUGGGCUUUGUGAUAAGUACGAUUGGGUACAUCUGCUAUCCUGCCGUUCGUGGAUAUGCGCGACUGGUGCAAUUGAGGUACCCAUGUGAGGGCACAGACGAAGAAGAGCUGGGUCUUAUGAAGGAAAAGGUCUAG